ACGGUCUCUUUCUUUCUCCGACCAUUUCUGCAACAGAAGAGUCUUCCCUCGAAACAGCCAGCCAACAUCAUCACAUCAGCAGAGAAACUCAACGAAAUGGGGUUGCAGAAUUAUCUUCUGAAGCCACCAGCACCAGUUUCAUCAUCAGCACCUCCAUUGAAUUCACAAUUAAUAGUACAUUCUUGCAGUAACAUCUAUAGCUGCAAGAGCAAUAAGAAGCAAACGAAACUCUGCAAUCUUGUAGGUUCUCUUGGAUUGCAUUCUCAUGAUGGAAAGAGAUUCACAAGUGUAAGAAGAAAAGGGGAGCUCAGAAUUGUAGCAUCAUCAUCAUCAUCAUCAAGCAAUGUACCUGCACCAUUCUGGGAUAGUUGGGCACCUCAAAAGGGCUCUCAAGCUCCUUCCCUCAGCGACAUUUUCUGGCCUUCUGCAGGGGCGUUUGCUGCAAUGGCAAUACUAGGAAAGAUUGACCAAAUAUUGGCACCAAAAGGAAUUUCAAUGACUAUUGCCCCACUAGGAGCUGUUUGUGCAGUCCUAUUUGCCACCCCCUCUGCUCCAGGUGCUAGGAAGUACAAUCUGUUCAUGGCUCAAAUUGGUUGUGCAGCUAUUGGUGUUAUAGCCUUUACAGUUUUUGGUCCAGGAUGGUUGGCUAGGAGCAGUGGCCUAGCCGCAGCCAUAGCAUUCAUGAUCUGCACUCGUGCCGUACAUCCACCUGCUGCCGGCUUACCUCUGUUGUUCAUUGAUGCUCCUAAACUGCAUCGCCUCAACUUUUGGUAUGCUCUGUUCCCCGGGGCUGCUGCAUGCCUUCUCUUAUGUUUAAUUCAAGAGAUGGUUUGUUACCUGAAGGAUAAUUUCAAAUUUUGAUAUGGGAAAGUCCUCAAUCCAGAAGUCCUAAAAAUUUUGCACUCCAUUCAAUAAUCAAGAGGAAGAGAUGGGCAAAGUUUUCAUGACUUCUAUUUCUUGUAUAUAGUCAGCUGAUCAGGGAAUGAAUCAACAAUGAGGAGAAUGUUUCCUUUUCUGCUCCCACAGUUGACUUGAUUUUUAUGAUUCUGUGCAUGAAAUUGUACUCCACAAUGUUCAAACAAAAGGAUCAGCAUACUGUAACAAAUCUCUAAACGGAGAUGCCUAGCUACAGCAAUUUGUUUAA